UUCGUUGUCUCAAAACCCUCUCAGCCCCCAUGGCAUCCAUAACCCAAUCAUCAAUCUUCAAUCUCACCACUUUUCCUUCCAUCUCAAUCACCAUUCCCAACAACCCCACCACCACUCUCCGCCCAUUUCACCACCACCGUCACCACCAUCUCAAUCUCCGCCACACCACCCAAAAAUGCCACUACAAGAUAUCAAUAGAACACGAUGGGCAAGCAACCGAAAUUGAAGUUGACCCAGAUGAAACAAUACUAGAAAAAGCUCUUGAAACAGGAAUGUCAGUACCCCAUGAUUGUAAACUUGGAGUUUGUAUGACGUGUCCUGCAAAAAUGAUAAGUGGAAAUGUGGAUCAAAGUGAAGGGAUGCUAAGUGAUGACGUCAUUGAACGUGGGUAUUCUUUGUUGUGUGUUUCGUAUCCGAAAUCGGAUUGUGUUGUUAAGAUUAUACCUGAAGAGGAAUUGCUUUCUUUGCAACUAGCUACUGCUGAUGAUUAGAUUUUGUUUUUGCUUUUGGUUUUUUUUUUUGGUUGUAUGAUUUUUAUUGAAAUGAUGAUAAUGAUAAAGUAGAUAGUUGUGAUACAUUGUUACUUUUAAAUAUAUAUUUUUAUUGGAAAAUUUUUGAUUUAGUUGUGUUUGAAAGUCA